AUAUUAAGCCCUGAACUUGAAAUACAAGAAUUAUUGGUAACAGACCGACUCCUCCUCACUUUGAUAUAAAAUAGCGGGAAUAAAGAACUCGAGCUUAUUUCAUUUACCGUUGCUGAACAGUAAAUAAGCAGAUUAAAAAUAAUGUUUCACUAUUGUGUGUGUCUAAGCCUGUUGGUUAUCGCUUCGGCUCAGGAUGUGGGUUAUAACUACGCCAGCGCCAGCGUUCCCGAGCCACAGGUGCUUCUUGCGCCACCCGAACCCGCAGCUGCUCCAGAAUAUGUCUCCACUCCAGUAGCUGCCGCCACGCAGCAACACAUUCAGCAAGCUGCACCUGCCACCGUAUACCGUAAGGAAUUCUACAUCUUCACCGCGCCCGCCGAGUCUGUCGUUCAUCAGUCGGUUGUGCCCGCAGCUCAGCCCGCGCCCAUUGUAAAGAAACACUUGAAUGUGGUUUUGAUUAAGGCGCCUGAGAGCGGCAAAUCUCGCUACCAGCCACUGCACACCUCAGUGCCCCAUGUUACCGAGGAGUCACGGACACAGAUUUACGUACUCAACAAGGAGCCCAGUCGUCAGGCGAUUAGGCCAGCUGCGUCCCAGCAGCACACCACCACAUACAAAACGCACAAGCCGGAAGUGCAUUACCUCAAGUACAGUACACCCGCGGAGGCGGAACAACUGCAACAGCAGAUUGUACAGCAAUACGGCGGCGGUCAUGUGAUUGAAUUAGGCGGGCGCGGUGCUGCCUCAAAUGUGCAUACACAAUAUGUUGCUCCAGCCGCUUCCAAUGUGAAUAAUCAGUACCUCGCCCCGGCCGCUUCCAACGUGAAUAAUCAGUACCUUGCACCGGCCGCGUCCAAUGUAAAUAAUCAGUAUCUCGCUCCCGCUGUGGAAGCUGCGGCGGCGUCAGUGCCCGAGCUAACGAAUGCUUACAUUCCACCGAAAGCAUUCUUCAAACACUAAACAAUUUCGCGUUUCGCGUGGUGUCUGCUGUGUUGUCUAAUUACUAUUUAUAAACUUAAUUUUUUCUUUAUUUUAUUAUUCCAAAUUACUGCCAAUAUUUCUCUGUGUGAUAUUAUUAAGUGCAAAUUGUUUUGAAAACAAUUUCCCAAUAAAAACGAAUGUAUUAGUUUGUAAAAUUGUUUAGAGAA